GAGGGGGGCGUGGUCACGUAAAGGGGGCGUGGCUCCAGCCUGCUGCGCCGGCCCGGCCCCGCAGCAGCGGCUCCGGGAGCUCCGCGCGCGCCGAAAGCGCCGAAAAACGCCCAAAAGAACCCCGAAACUGCCCCAAAAAACCCCCUCGGGAACCCCCCCCGAGCCCGCCAUGGUGUCGCUGCUCUGCUGCGGGCCCAAGAUGGCGGCCUGCGGGCUCGUCCUCAGCGCCUGGGGCGUCGUGAUGCUGGUUUUGGGGUCCCUCGGCCCCGAGCGCAUUUACGGCCUGUACGAGCAGGUCAGCUACAACUGCUUCAUCGCCGCGGGGCUCUACGCGCUGCUGGGCGGCUUCUCCCUGUGCCAGACCCGCCUCAACAAGCGCAAGGAGUACAUGGUGCGCUGAGACCCCAAAACUCCCCUUUUUCACCCCAAAAAAAGGCUCCCUUUUUUUUUUUUUUUUUUUUUUUUUUUUCUCCCCCCCCACCCCUCGUUUCCCAAAACUCCGCCCCUCUCGGAGGACCAAUUUUCUCCCGCCCGGAGCGACGCAGAGAAGUUUGGAGGGGUUGAAAGAAUAAAGAGAGUUGUUGGAUA